UGCAGCGCCCAGACACCUUCACUUGUUCCUCGCCCGCGACCCAAGACAGUGUUCAUCAUGGUCACACCGACGAUUGUAAGAGUCUGGGUCUGUGUUUGCGUUUCGUUUAUGACCUUGGUGAUAGACGGGAGAGAGACGUCUAGCAGCGAUGACAGAGCUCUCCAUGUGGUGGGUCUGGUGGCCGCUGAGACCGUGGCUGAGAAGUACUUCCUUCACUCAGCGUGUAGACUCAAGUAUCCAAGUGUUAAGAUGAUGAGGUCUUGGUGUCCUUCAGGGAGAUAUGAGGAGGACUCAAGGCUCAAGGACCAUCUCGAGAGCCUGCCUGAGGAGGACCUUGUUAUCGUCACUAAUUUACGUGAUGAGUUUGUUUACCUUCUGGCCUCCUAUGAUGACGUCAGAAGACAGCUGAUCGACACUGACCAAUCACUGAUCGUGGCCGACCUGUCAUUCAUUAAGACGACUGAGGGCGAGAGGGGCAGAGAGGAGGAGGAGAAGAGAGGGGAAGAGGAACAAGAAGAGGAGGAAAAACAAGAGAAAGAGGAGAAGAACGGAAAUAGAGAUGAAGAUAAUUAUAAAAAGGAAGAGAAUGAAAGAAAGGAAGUCGAGGAUCCAGAAGACGAAGGAAAAACAGGAAAUAAAAACAAGACGAAAAAAUAUAUAAACGAAAAGAAAGAAGAGAAAAAGGAAAGUAAGAUGAUAAAGAUGGAAACAGGGAAAUCAUCUGAUAACAUUAGUGCAAAUGAGAAACAUAAGAUAAAUGAGGUGGAAGGUAAGAAUGAGACUCAUGACCCUGUUGACGCGGGAGGAGAGAGAAUGGAAGAAGAGGCAGAGAGACGUAAGCCAGUCGAUGAAGAAGAAGAGAAGGAGGAAGAGAAAGAGGAGGAGGAGGAGGAAGAGAAAGAGGAGGAGGAGGAAGAUAAUAUCGUUCGACGUGUAUUGAAAGGAGGAACUGUGAUAGGUCGGGUUGGGUCACUCCUGAAGGCGCUGAGGGAGGGAUCAGCCAACACCCAGGAGGUCAUCCGGGACACGACUGCCCAGCAUGUUGUCUACGGUAACAGGCAAAGAGGAAACUUGGUAACGACUCUGCCACUACGAGUUGAGUUCACACCUGAAGGGGGCGCUGAAGGGGACGUGACUCGGCCCUUCCUCGUGUUCAAUAAGGAGGAUGGGAUGGACUUCUACAACCUGAUAGAGGGGGUGGGGGAGGGGCGAGAGGCGUGUCCCUACACCACCCACGCCACGCCCACUUAUGAUGAAGGCCGCCCACGGGUGCUGGCGCUGCUCCUGCUGGGGGGGACAUGGGCGCCCUUCCUGCAGGAGGUGUUGAAGGGCUUCGCUGCACAGGAUUACCCCAAGGAUAGAAUGGACGUUUGGAUACAUGCUAAGGCUGGACAACAGGAGAGAGAAAUAACCAACUUUGUGGAGGAACAUGGUGAUGACUACUCUACCUUGGAGCUGGUUAAUGAUCUGGUGUUUGAGCCUCAGAUGGUGAAGGACAGGUGUGACGCUGUGAGGUGUGCCUUCCUGGUGAUGAUGGAGCCUCAGGUAGUGUUAGAGGACCCUACCACCAUCUCCUCCCUCAUCGCCUCCGACGUGUCAGUGGUGGGUCCCCUCCUGAAGCGUAGGAUGACUGGUGAAGGAGGCGAGGUCAACUUUGUCCUGAGUGAUGACUCCGGCGAACAGUGGGACAAAAUCAUACGCCGACGGAUCUUCAAGGGGACGCUAAGGGUGCAGGAGAUACGAAGCUUCCAGGUGGUGAGGAAAGACGUGAUGCUUGACUUCCUACUAGGGGAGAAGGUGGACCACUACAUCAACACCAUAACACAACCCGGACUGUAUCUUGACCGUUUGGGCUACGAGGAAGGAAAACUCCACCCGGAUUUAUGGGGCCUGACGCACAACUGGAUCCUCUGGCAGCGACGAUACCUCCAUCCUGACCUGCUGAAGAUUAUUGGCAAAAAGAUGGUGCCUGAGACGGUGGGCCCUCACCUGUAUUACCUGCCCUUCUUCAGUGAACGCUUCUGUCAAGAUAUCAUAGAAGAGGUGGAACACUUUGGUCAAUGGCAAGACAAGGACAAAGACGACCGGGAGGAGGAGGCUCAUCGCUACACCAGCACCAACAUUAACCUGAGCCAGAUCAACUACUUCACUCAGUACAACCUUCUUAUAAACACGGUGAAGAAGGAGCUGCUGGACACACUCUACAGCUACAGGUCGCUGGGUUACGGGAACCUGGUGUUUGUGUUGAAGUAUGAGAGCACAACACACUAUAACACCUUCAAGUAUCACCUAGAUGGCGCCACCUACACCUUCAACAUCGCUCUCAAUAACAACUUUACGGGAGGCGGACUACAGUACAGGAUGGGUAACGUAAACUUCGGUGAGGAACGAGAGAUAUGGGUGAACCACAACAGGACGGGGUGGGCGUUGGUACAGCCAGACCGUCCUAUGCACCUCCACCACGGGAUGCCUCUCAAGUCGGGUCAACGCUACGCUCUCAUCUCCAUCGUGGAUACUAGUGAUGCUGGCUGUAUGGGUGGGCCUAAGUGGACCUGAUUGUUUUGUUGUGAUGCAGGUAGGAAUGGUGAGUGGACGAUUGGAUGGGUUGGUGAACGUUUGCCUGGGCUAGUAACUUUAUAUAAAGAAAAAAGUACAUAAUUUCUAUCAUUACGUUUACCAAAUAUAUAUAAUUCCUUGUACGUAUUAAAUGUUUCAUCUGAAUAAAAUAAACUUUGAAUUUC